AUGGCCGACGAGUGUUGCAGCACAGUGUCAUCUGUGGUUGCCGAUGAGGGCCACUGCGUGAUGUACACCACUGACGGAACCCGGUUCGAGGUCCCUCUGGCGUACCUUGGGACGGCGGUCUUCGCCGAGCUCCUGAGGAUGUCCGAGGAGGAGUUUGGCUUCGCGAGCAGCAGUGAUGGAGGCAGGAUUAUGCUGCUUUGUGAUGCCAGUGUGAUGGAAUAUAUCUUGUGCCUGGUCAGGAGAGAGGCCCCUGAGGAGGUCGAGAGGGCGUUCUUGAGCUCCAUUGUUGGGCACUGCCACAACUACAAUGCUAGCUGCAUGGCACAAUCAAUGGGAUUUGGCCAUCAGUUUGCUCUUUGUACUCAGCUACUAGCUUAG